AAAACUCUUAGUUUGAAAGAUCGGGCAGGGCUCAUUAGUAGAGAUCCAAAAGCAAGUUGUGUCUAUAUCUUAUGCAACAACCUAAAUUCCAUAGCAGAUGAUGUCACCUAUAAAUGCCCUAUAAAUGGAGCAAGGCUUCAGGUGCAUCUGAACAAUUUAACUGCAUCGAUACCCACUGCUACAAACAUGGCUGCCUCAGUGCUACGGCUGACAAUUGUUUGGGGACUGCUUGUCUUAAUCCUGACUUGCCCAACCGAUCUCAAACCAGAUAGCAAACCAGAUAGCAAGCCAGAUGACAAGCCAGACGUCUCAAGCAAAAGCCUAGAACCAGCCUUUCCAAAAUUCCUAAACCUCUUGGGCUCGGAGAUCAUUGAGAAUGCGGUGGAGUUCGUCAUCUGCUCCAUGAUGAGGAGCAAAGGAUACAUGGAAUGUGAUGAUAAACAAGAACAUUCAUCAAAGUGACUUCAACCAGGACAUAGGCCUCAAAGCAGCUCCCAGCAAGUUCUCAGGAUUCAGGUCCUGGCUUCAACCAAAGACAGCUUCUUUUGAACAUCCUGACUUUGCAUUUUUGCUUCUAGAAGUCAAAAUAAAUGUGUCCUCUUUGGAGACACAUAUCCUACUUCAUUAAGAUUUUUGUUGGUGGAAGUAAUUUUUCCUGAAGCAUGUUUAAAGUUUUUAAUAAUGCAAAAAAUAUGAAAUAUAUAAAAAUUAUUAUUAUCCAGAAUAACUGAAGAACAUUUCAAAUUAAGAAAACUAAAUUUCAGAUAACAUAAGGCCAAAGUCACAGAACCAGUAAACAACAGAAAGAAGAUUUGAACCUGACUCCAAAGAAAAAACCCUUAACCCCUAAAAAUGCAGGAGGUUUCAAAGUUAAAAGUUUCAUAAAUCCUUUUCGGAAAAGUCUUUCAUAAAAUCUGAGAUUACACUCCUGGGCUAGUAAACUAAAAACUGACCCUUAAAAAAACUUAGCAAGGUUAUUGCUUUUCCACAGUUUUUAUUAUUCUUAUAGAAUAGCCGAGUGCCCUUGAAGACAUAUGAAAAUUGUGGAUGGAAGAGUCCUUGACAAGUCUAAUGCAGUUCUUUCAUUUCUUCUAC